CCAGUUUGGUUCCCGGAUUCCAUCAGAACAGUCGAUCGCUGUCCACUGUCAACUGCCGACCACAUCAUGUCGAAUUUUCUUACGGAAAUCUUCCAAGUUUUGCAGCCGUGGAUUCCUCAUCUUCUACCUGUUUCAAUCGUAUUGUUUGUGUUUCAGAAAUUCGGUGGUUCACACAUUCAACCAUGGUUCUUUUCUAAAGUGUACAGUCCAUUGUUAUCCGAUUAUCACGUCAAGUACCGGUCAAUAAAAAAAGAACAUUUCGAUUCGAUGAAGAAUCACGUAUCAGCCGAUCUGGCUUUAAGGAAAAAGGGAGCCCUAAGGAUCCUGGAAAUCGGUCCAGGACCAGGAUACAAUUUUGAAUUUUAUCCAGCCAACAGUGAACUGACUGUCGUUGAAGUCAACCCGUUUUUCGAGGAGCAAUUUUUCAAGAAACAAGUCGAACAUCCGUACAUCAUAAUGGAUCGUUUCGUCGUCGGAUAUGCCGAAAAUAUGAAAGAUGUUCCAGACAACAGCGUCGACGUCGUCGUAUCAACGAUAAUGCUCUGUUCCGUCCGUAGCAUAGAAGGUGCCCUACAAGAAAUUCGCCGUGUCUUAGUUCCGGGUGGCAAAUAUUAUUAUUGGGAACACAUUCGCGAUUAUGAUAACUUUUGGGUCCGAUUCGUUCAAAAUUUACUUUCGUACACGACUCACGACCUGGUUUUCGGCUGCCGUUUGAAUCGCAAGACCGAUGAAGUAAUUAAAGCCAAUAAAUGUGGUUUCUCCAGUGUUGAACAGAAGCGAUUCCGGACUCCAUUGCAACCAGGAUUUGGUCAACUGCGUGUAAUUCAUAGCGCCCACGUUAAAGGAAUCGCCACAAAGUAAACUGGAACAACAUUGGCGUGACCGAAUGUAUUUCUCUUCUUGUCCCUGUGUUUCGUACAUUUCCCAAUGAAAUAACAGAAUCAGCUUCAGAUUUUGAACAAUUUUUAAUACAAAUCAAAAAAUCGAUA